AUGGAAGAUCAGCUGCGCCACAUUUGGGCUAAUGUCCUCUCCCUCACACCCGAGGAGAUUGGCACCGACGACAAUCUGUUCGAGUUGGGAGGGGACUCUGUCAAGGCCAUCCUUAUCAUGGCCCAAGCAGCCGAAAUUGGGGUGUACUUUGACGUAAAGACCCUGUAUGCCAAUCCGACUGUUGCCGCUCUGUCAAAGGUGGUUGGUCAAAGCGGCACCACUCCCGGCAGCCGUGGCUCCCUCGCCGAGCCUGUCAGCCAAGACCGACUGCUGCGGCGCGUCCGAUGCCGGGUGGCGGAUCUGGGCAUCACACCAGCCAGCGUGCUGAAUGCCGCAAGAAUGCGCGAUGACCAAGUCGACUUUGUUCACAUGUCCGCACGUGGCGGCAUCGGGGCCUCGCCGACAUUCAUCUACCAGGUCCAGGGGCAAGGCAUCGAGGAGAAGCUUCGUCGAGCCGUUACUGUGCUGACACUGAAGCAUCCGAUGCUGCGCACUACGUUUGUCGACGUGGAUGGCGAGUGGUUCCAGGUGCUAUUGGCAGAUGCCUCCCCAACCUUGGAAAUGCGUUCCGGUCCCAUUCGCGAGUACGCGAGUGAAGCCAGUACGAGAGUCAUUACCGCGGGCGACUCAACAGCACACUACGCGCUUGUCGACGACCGUGGAACUACUUUCUUUAGCUUCUCCGUUUUGCACUGCUUCUUUGAUGGCUUCUCCCGCACGCUCGUCGAACACGAUCUGGUCGAUGUCCUCGAGAACCCGGAGGCAUUCGCUGAGCAGCAGGCUGAACGCCUCUGGUACGGUGACUUGGCGAGGCGCUUGGACACGGGUCUAGAUGACGCAGCUGCAGCUGCUUUCUGGCAGCGAUACCUCGAGGGCAGCCAGCUCGAGACCAUCUACCCUUGCCGUGGCGAGCUGGGGACGGUGCCGAUGCGACGGUUGGACAACUCUCUAUACGCCACGUUGUCCAUGGACGUGUUGCAGCCUCGGGGACGCCGGUUCCACCUGGCAACGGCCAUCACGACAGCGUGGGCCCUGGCAUUGAUGCAUCGGUCGGGCUGCAGCGACGUCACCUUCACGCUGCUGACCCUGGGCCGACUGUAUCCGUACGAGGCGAUCGACCGCCUCGUGGGCUUGCUAGUCAAGGACCGCCCUUUUCGGCUGCAGGUACAGGACCGUACUAGGAGUGUAGAGUCUGUCAUGACUGGUGUCCAGGAGGACCUUGUGUCCGCUGGAGAGUACGAGCAUGGACCUCGCUGGCCAGGCAAGCCUCGCGUGCAGUCGUACGUCAACAUCAAGAUCGGUGGGUCAACUAUGGCACCAACGGUCGUCGACGGACUCGAGCUGAGCCCGCGACGGGACCUCGAGCGUUGGGAAAGCGAGACACAGUACGCCGUGUAUCUCGAGAUGAAGCCGGUCGCGGAGGGCAGCUGUUUCGAGAUGCGAUAUCACUCUUCACUCCUCGACGAUACGCAGGCAGGGGCACUGCUGCAGCAAUUUGUGGCGCUGCUGGAACGAAUUGGCGGGUCUUCGGAAGCAGGGACCGUAGCUGAUCUGCUCGACGGGCCGUCGGGCCCGGGGCCGUCAUCGUUACACUGA